AUGAAUCUGUUCCAGCCACAGCAACAUGUUCCCUACGCUGGGACUGAGCCUGGCUCCGAAUCAAAUGAGAAGGAAGAUGAUGCGUGGGUCAAGGCGCGGCAGCAGAUAGAGGCUCUCAAGAAGCCGAAGCCUGCCGAAGAGGGAAAACAAGAAGGAGGUGAGAGCCUCUACGAAGUCUUGCAAAGAAACAAAGCUGCCAAGCAAGAGGCAUUUGAAGAGUCGAUAAAGCUGAAGAACCAGUUCCGUGCUCUCGAUGAUGACGAGGUCGACUUCCUAGACUCGGUUCUCGAGUCGGAAAGGGCAAAAGAGGACGCAGCCAAGAGAGAGAUGUCCGAACAGCUCGAGGCCUUCCGUUCGCAACGCGCCAAGGCAGAAAAGGAUCUUUUGGAACAUGAAAAACCGGACGAAGAGGAACGGGUGGGCGCUCCGGUGGGCAAGAAUACGUGGACAGCCCAGAAGAAGCGCCGUCGCCGUGAUGAGGAGACAAAAGCCAUUGCAACAAACAAAACGAGAAAGCUCUCAUCCUCCACCGAAAACACACCUCGGCAGCCAACAGGACUAGAAGAAUCCAGGGAGAUUGCGACACACGAGGCUGCAAAUCAAUCAUCGACUGCUCAAGUCAAGUCCACGCCUGUCGCCCUUGGCUUGGGCGAUUAUUCCUCAGACGAGGAUUGAUGUAUAAUCCCGAUCUCGCCACGACUGCGUCAACAUUCCUCUUCAGCAUGACCACUUGGGGGCUGAGCAUUUUGCACUUCAAGUCAUUUACAGCGAAAGUUCUCAAGCAAUCUAUUGUUACAGAACAGGGUAUGCUUCUAUGGACCGCCUCCAGGGGAUUUGUGCAACCAGACCAACGCCCCGUUCUCAGGUGCAAUAAUAGAUGAAAGCCCUGGCUGGUGCAAAUUCGGCCAAUAAGUUGCGCGGUGAACAACAUCCUUCUGUCUCUGGACUGGUACGUUAUGCGAAGGACUUUGACCCGCAAAUGCUAUGCUGCAAGUUGGCCCACGCCGG